AUGCAGCCGUGCAGACUCUCACGCACCGCAUGCUCGUGGUGCGUUGGACCUCGUCCCAAUUUCCGAACGACAUCGGUGCCCGGGAAGUCGUUCAAUUAUCCGCGAGGCUUCCAGACGGCGCCGACAACACCGGAUAUCGCGUUCGCUUUCGACAUUGACGGUGUCCUCCUUCGUUCUUCCAAACCGAUUCCCGGCGCUGCAGACGCCCUCCGUACCUUGCAAGAACGCGGGAUCCCCUUUAUACUGCUCACAAAUGGCGGAGGGAAACACGAGAGCGAGAGGGUAGCUGAAAUCAGCGAGAAACUCCAGAUUCCAUUGGACCCCAGCGUGAUUGUUCAAAGUCAUUCUCCGUUUGCAGAGCUGGUUCAUGGGGCGUUUGAGCAGGAAGCAUUGGAAAACAAGUGCAUCCUUGUUGCGGGAGGCGACGGUGAUGGCUGCCGUCAGGUGGCACAAAGAUACGGAUUCAAGUCUGUCGUGACUCCUGGUGACAUAUUCAAUGCAUACCCUGACAUAUGGCCAUUUUCCAAACCAUUCAAGGAUUAUUAUAAAACAUUCGCGCAGCCUCUUCCGAAACCCAUCGAUCCAAACGACCCAUCCAAAAGCCUGAAAAUUGACGCCAUGUUUGUGUUCAAUGACCCUCGGGACUGGGGGCUCGAUGCCCAAGUCAUAGUCGACCUGCUCCUAUCAUCACAAGGCAUCUUUGGAACAUUGUCUGAGAAGAACGGCAAAUCAGAUCUGCCCAACCGUGGCUACCAGCAAGAUGAUCAACCACCUUUGUAUUUCUCAAACCCGGAUCUCUGGUGGGCUGCAGCCUACCAUCUUCCACGACUUGGCCAAGGUGGAUUUCGAGAAGCUCUGGAAGGCACAUGGGCAGCCGUAACCGGAGGCCCAGCACAGGGCGUUGAGCUUAUCAAAACAGUGGUCGGAAAACCAUAUGGACUGACUUAUAGAUUCGCAGAAAAUCAGCUACUACGAAAUCGGGCUAGAGCUUUCCGUUCUAAAAACCUGCCGCCAGUCAAGAAAGUCUUUAUGGUCGGCGAUAAUCCUGAAUCUGACAUACGCGGAGCGAACUCGUACAAGAGUGAAUAUGGAAGCGAAUGGCACUCUAUUCUAGUACGAACCGGUGUCUACAAUGGCGGGCAGCCUUCGUACACUCCCAAGACGAUUGUCGAUGAUGUUCAACACGCAGUGAACUGGGCCCUGAAGACAUCCGUAUAA